ACUUCUGACCCACAUUCAUGUCUCACACAGGGGAAGAUGUUGCUUUUCCUUCUGCUCGUCUUCUGUCUCGGGGAGACGGUGUCUGCUGUGGACUCGUACGUGGCUGCCGUGUACGAGCACAGAGUCGUCCUGAACCCGGACCCUGUCCCGGUGUCCCGCCGCGAAGCCCUGAUCCACAUGCAGAAGAACCUGGACGUCUACGAGCAGCAGGCUGCCAGAGCUGCACAGCAGGGUGCCCAGAUAAUUGUGUUUCCAGAAGUUGGUAUUCUGGGUUUUAACUUCAACCGAUCAUCCAUUUCCGCAUACAUGGAGACCGUUCCUGACCCUCAGGAGGAGAGCUGGAACCCUUGCACCGAGCCGCACCGACACAACAACACUGAGGUUCUCCAGCGACUGAGCUGCAUGGCCCGUAGCCACAACCUCUACCUGGUGGCAAACAUGGCUGAUCGGCAGCCCUGUCCCCUGAAGACAGCCCCGUCCUCGUGUCCCCCCGAUGGACACUGGCAGUUCAACACCAAUGUGGCUUUCAGUUCUGAUGGCCUGCUGGUGGCACGCUACCAUAAACAGAACCUCUACAAGGAGGCCGCCUACGAUACACCUCCAAAGCUGGAAGUCAUUACAUUUGAUACACCUUUUGCUGGGAAGUUUGGCCUCAUCAUCUGCUUUGACAUCCUGUUCCACGAUCCUGCAGUAGUCCUGGUGGAAAGGGGUGUGCGCCAGUUUAUUUUCCCCACAGCUUGGAUGAACGCGCUCCCCUUACUGGACUCUAUCCAGUUUCACCGGGCCUUCAGUCUGGGGGCAAACGUUACUGUGCUAUCUGCCAACCUUCGUUUUGACCAGCUGCGCAUGACAGGAAGCGGCAUCUUCACCCCGUUCUCUGCUACCUUCCACCACGCCGUGAAGGAAGACCCAGAGGAGGGCAGGCUGCUCGUGGCCAGAGUUCCAGUCUUAGAGCCGAUGGGGGUGAAUGAUGAGGCUGAAUCCACAUCAUCCGUGCCUUCAGAGUCUGGUCACUACUACAAAGACAGCUGUCCUGGUUCUCCUUCACCUGCUCCCUCCUCUUACCCCACCUUCACUGCAAAUAUGAGGCGUGACCCAUUUAAAUUUGUCCUCAUAAACAAGACAGAGGACAAUGUCACAGUGUGUGACGGUGCGUUAUGCUGCCACCUCCAGUACAAGUGGACAGCACAUGACCAAAGGAAGGAACUGUAUGCUCUGGGAGCAUUUGCAGGAACGCACUUCGGCUAUAGAAGUUAUGCCUUGCAGGUGUGUGCAGUAGUCCGCUGCGCAGGGCUGGAGUCCAGCUCCUGUGGACAGAAAGUGGAGGAGGCGGAGUCCAAGAUGGACUUCCUGUUGGAGGCGACUUUUCAGACAAAAUAUGUGUACCCUUCAGUUUUGGUGAACCGCAUGGUGCUGGAGCAGCCAAAACUAGAGAAAGCUGCAUGUGGGAGGGUGGCCAUGAAGCACUCAAACAUGAGGGGCGGACUGAUCACUGCCUGCCUGUAUGGACGAAUGUACCACCUGGAUAAUAAGUCGUCAGCUGUAGAAAUGAGCAAAGUAGAUAUCAGGCUGGUAUCAAUCUGGAUUAUUAGUUAUUUUUUGAUUAAUCACUUGGGUUAAUCAUUGAUGACACCACUGUACUGUACAUAGACAGCUAUACAAGGGUCUUUGUCACUAUGCCUGCCCCUGAUGCACUGGUUAUGUUAUCCUACACCCAUUGCCCUCAUAGAUUCCUGCAGCUAAGCUUGGAUAUGCAUUUACAUUCCAAAAAUGUGUUGGUGUUUCUAUUCAAUAAAUAUGCAUGCAUGUUUUGCAUAAUUUGCCAAAUCACCCAACUCAGUGAAACAUUUAUAUAUUUUUUUCAGUCUGCUAGUUUUAAUAUCUGUAGGGUACAGUAUUUCUUUCUUAUACUGCACAGUCUGCUUUUCUGAUUUUUUUUUUUUUCUUUUGUGUGAAUCUGCAUGCUUCCACUUGCAUUUCAGUUUUUGACUGUUACACCUGAAUUACCCCACGGUGGGUCAAUAAAGAAUAUUUAUAUUCUG